AUGUUCGUCAAUCUCGAUCUCUCCCUUUACCUCAAACUUCAUUUUGCUCGCUCUCUGUUUAUCUCUCCCAUCGGUUCAGAUCCGAUUUCCGGAGAUUUCUCAAGCGCUCUAAGAAACUUAUUUACUUUUGCUCUCAAGCUUUUUACGUCUCUCCUUCAACUCCUCAAUCUCCAGGUUCCCACCAAUGGCGCAAAUGUUCUUCGCUUGUUGACUCGUCGAUGUCUCUCGUCGAAGCUUCUUCGAGAUUUUGGCAAUCAGAAUUUGAGGAGAAUAUCUGGUGGGAGUUUUAGGAGAUUGAAUACGGGGUGUUGGCAAUCCUGCCAAAGCCCUUGGUGA